GAGAGAGAGAGAGAGAGAGAGAGAGAGAGAGAGGAAAGAAAAAGCAGGUUAUUUAUAUCGCCAGGCAGCAUUAGGGUCUCUUCAGUCUCUCCUGCAAACUGGCUGCUGCUGGGAGGUCACUCCCCAAAAAAUCUGCCGAGCCCGUGACCUACAAGCACAAUAUUUGAUCUGGCAUCUAGGGCAGGCACCAGGCUUUGCAAAUCCGGAGACACACUCACAUGCUGCUUGACACACAGGAGAUCCUGGAGAAGAGCAGCAAGUCUUUGGAAAGGAGGCUCUUAGCUUGAUCCCUCCAGCAUCAACACCAUGCAUUGGGCUGCUCUCCUGAUCAUUGCUGGGCUCUGUGGAGCCUCCCUGGGCCAGUACAAUGAAGAAGAAGACAUGGCUUGGUUACAGUACUACAUGAGGCAGUCCCGGAUGUCCUCCUACAACUACAUGCCCUACUAUGAGGAUGAGAACACCCCAUACGUGUACUCUUACCUCCCAGCUCCGGAGACAGAGGCAGAGCCUGUCCCUGAACCUCAGCAAACCUCUUCCUGGCAGUGUCCCCAAGAGUGUGAUUGCCCCCCUAACUUCUCAUCAGCCAUGUACUGUGACACGCGGCACCUGAGGUACUUGCCUUUUGUGCCUACGCGGAUGAAAUACGUCUACUUCCAGAACAACCAGAUCACUGCCAUCCAGGAGGGGGCUUUUGAUAAUGCCACGGAGCUGGAAUGGCUCGCACUGCACAACAACCAGAUCUCCAGUGAGAAGAUGGGCAAGAGGGUCUUUGCCAAGCUCAAAAGCCUGGAGAGGUUGUACUUGAACAAUAACAACCUAACCAAGAUGCCCAGCCCCUUGCCUCGGUCCCUGAGAGAGCUCCACUUGUCUUACAAUCAGAUCUCCAAGGUCCCCUCCAAUGCUCUAGAGGGUCUAGAGAACCUCACAGCCCUGUACCUCAGCCAUAACUUCAUUUUUGAGAUGGGAGCAUCCCUCAAAGGGCUGAAGUCCUUGAUCCUUGCUGAUUUGAGCUACAACCACCUCAGGAGAGUCCCUGAUGGGCUCCCAAUGGCUUUGGAACAGCUCUACCUAGAGUACAACUACAUCAAUACCAUCCCUGAUGACUAUUUCAAGGUCUCUCCCAAGCUGCUCUAUGUACGGAUGUCCCACAACAGCCUGACAAAUCAAGGUCUUUCUAGCAACACUUUCAACAGCAGCAGCAUCCUCGAGCUGGACCUCUCUUACAACAGGCUCCAGAAGAUCCCCCGGGUCAACACCAACCUUGAGAACCUCUACCUUCAAGGGAACCAAAUCAAUGAAUUCUCCAUCAGCAGCUUCUGCACUGUGGUGGACGUCAUGAACUACUCUAGGCUCCAGGUCCUGCGGCUCGACGGUAAUGAGAUCAAGCGAAACGCGGUGCCCCCUGACGCCCCGCUGUGCCUGCGACGUGCCACCGUCAUUGAGAUCUAGCCUGGCCAUCAUGUGGCCCCCUCCUCAUCCUCAGGACUUGGCUCCCUGGUUCCUGGGGAGAUGCUCACUACCAUUUUAAUGCAGCUUUGACAGUUUGACUUAGCUUCCGCAACAGAGCAAUAAGGAUACUCCAACACCAGCCCACAUAGGUGGAAAGGAUCCAUUUGUCCCCAAACACUCCCUCUUCCCACCUCCCCAGCCAUGCAGAGUAGGACAGAUCCCAGCACGGUUUCCCCUCCAGAGUCACCCAAAGUGCUGCACCCCUCUUCAUCUUCUCCCUUGGUUUGGAUGGGAUGCAGGAGGGCAGAGCUCAUCCCACCUCCAACCUGGGGCACUGAGCAUCUGACCCCAGAGGGGAGGGGUUCAGGUGAAGGUCCUGCAGAACCAGCAGAUCUAAAAUGACUCACCCUGGGCCAUGUGCCAGCAGUCACUGAAACGAGCAUCUGGGAGGCUGGGAGCUACACAAGUAAAGAUUUCCUGGCUGCCAGCAUCCCUCAGUCUAGGAUGGGGAAGAGCAAACCCACUCUUCCCAUUCUGUUUUCCCUCCUUCUUCAGCCCCCUGCUCCAGAGAUAAAGGUGUUCAAGGCCAGGCUGGAUGGGGUUUUGAACAUCCUGAUCAAGUGGCAGGGGGGUGGAACUGGAUGGGCUCCGAGGUCCCUUCCAGCCCAACCCAUUCAAUGAUUCUAUGAAACCUUUCCUCCCGCAGCCAAGCAGCUGCCAGCUGCUGAGGUUGGAGAGAAACACCCUGAGAUGCAGCCAUGGUUGAAGGGAGUGUCUCAUUGUCUUCCUAGACCACUGGCGAGGGAUGGAGCAGGUUCUGGUGCUUUCACUCCUGCACACCCAGCUCCAUCCCACCCACUCAUUCGGCUCCCAGCUCCCUCCCUGCUCAGGCAUCCAAGGUCUCCCACUUCUAAAACAAUCACAGUGACACACGCAUCUGCAGCACGUUUGAAUUCACCAAAAGCACAAACCCACCUAACUUGGUACCUUGGAUGGUUUAGUUUAAGAACCAAAAGGGACAGCUGGGCUUCGGAGAUGACCUCUGAAGCUGCAGAGGUCGUCCAGACCCUCCGCAUUUCCACUGCAUGCAAACACUAUAGAAACAAAAAAAGCCAAAAAAACCUGUACUAUCACCGAUGCAUGAACUGUAGAAUCAUACCAGUGAAUAAAGCCCUUUCUCUAACUGCACAAAACGUGUCUGAAGAAUACCAAAGAGACAAGGGGCUGAGCAUCUGGGCUGCUCUGAGCGCAGUAACCUCCCCUCUCACAAACCAGAUCUUCCUGCAGCCAUAAUCCAGGCUGGAUUUGCCGUCUAGUGGUUGUACCAGACACGGCAUGUGUAUACCCUUCCUUCUCCACACCGAGGAGCUGCUGCUCCUGGCACAUCCCAGGUAGGGACCAUGCA